ACUGUUUACCCUGACGUCAGUUUGCAGAACUAGCUCUGCCCUGUCUCCUUCAGUGUCUCUGAAACUCCUCUCAGUGAGAAUUUGGGGAGUAGAUGGGCUCGGCUCUACUACUCGCGCGCCCGGAUCUCGCGGAGUCAAUGAAAUGAUUUCUUCUGCACAUUUAAAGUGGACUAAAACAGCUACACGAUGAACACCUGCGCCUUUCUGCUCAUUUUGACUGUUCAGAUCUACGCCGAUGGCAUCGAGGGGCCAACAGCGGCAGGCUGCACAUUCGAAGAGGACUCGGACCCCAAUCUGUGUGACUUCACCCAGGGGGAGGAGGAUGACUUUGAUUGGCUGCUGUUUCGGACGUACAGUUCACCUUAUGCCAGCUCUGACCUCUUGCGUGGAUCCUAUAUGUUGGUGAACUCCUCCCAGCAUGCCGUGGGUCAUCGUGCUCAGCUGCUGCUGCAGACACUGAGUGAAAACGACACGCACUGUGUCCAAUUCAGCUACUUCUUGUACAGUCGUGAUGGCCACAGUCCGGGGGCUCUACGGGCAUAUGUGCGAGUCAACGGGGGUCCACUUGGCAGUCCGGUGUGGAACACGUCAGGGUCUCAUGCCAAGCAGUGGCACCAGGUUGAGCUGGCUGUCAGCACCUUCUGGCCUAAUGAAUACCAGGUACUGAUUGAGGCAACAGUUUCUAGAGAGCGGCGAGGCUACAUUGCCAUAGAUGACAUCAUGGUGCUCAACUACCCCUGCUAUAAGGCGCCGCACUUCUCCAGGCUCGGAGAUGAGGAGGUCAAUGCCGGGCAAAAUGCUACUUUCCAGUGUGUUGCUGCUGGACGAGCAUCAGAAGCUGAGAAGUUCUUGCUGGAGAGACACAAUGGGGACAUUUUAACAACAGCGUCAGUCAAGCACUUGAGUCACCGCCGCUUUGUGGUAUCCUUCCAGCUAGACAGCGUCCAGCGAACGGAUCAAGACCUUUACCGCUGUGUCACUCAGUCCCCCAGGGGCUCUGGGGUCUCAAACUUUGCUGAACUCGUUGUCAAAGUACCUCCAUCCCCCAUUGCGCCACCCCAGCUGCUGCGCGCCGGCUCCACUUACCUAAUCAUCCAGCUCAACACCAACUCCAUCCUGGGAGAUGGCCCCAUUAUCAGGAAGGAGAUUGAGUACCGUGCCAGCCAGUCUCCGUGGUCAGAGGUGCACGGAGUCAACAUGGUCACCUAUAAGCUGUGGCACCUGGAUCCAGAUACAGAGUACCACAUCAGUGUGCUCCUGACUCGGCCUGGAGAGGGAGGAACUGGCCCGCCUGGACCGCCUCUCGUGAGCAGGACCAAGUGUGCAGAGCCUAUGCGAGCACUGCGGGGCCUCACGGCCACAGAUAUCCAGUCCAGGCAGUUGUCCCUGCAGUGGGAGAAUUUGGCGUUCAAUCUGACACGCUGCCACACCUACUCAGUGUCCCUGUGCUACCGCUACACCACUGCGGGAGGCGGCGGAGGCCACAAUACCACCGUGCGUGAGUGCCUGGCAGUGGAACACAACGCCUCACGCUUCACGCUGCGUGAUCUGCCACCCUACCACGGCAUCCAUGUCCGUCUGUCACUGGCCAACCCGGAGGGGAAGAAAGAGGGCAGAGAGGUCACCUUCCAGACCGAGGAGGACAUUCCCGGAGGCAUAGCUCCAGAGUCGCUCACCUUCACCCCGCUGGAUGACAUGAUCUUCCUGAAGUGGGAGGAGCCCGUCGAGCCCAAUGGCCUUAUAACCCAAUAUGAGAUAAGUUACCAGAGCAUUGAGUCAUCUGAUCCAGGCAUCAACGUCCCAGGACCCAGAAGGACGGUGUCCAAGCUGAAGAAUGAGACAUACCACAUGUUCUCCAACCUCCACCCGGGAACAACGUACCUCAUCUCUGUCCGAGCCCGCACAGUAAAGGGCUUUGGGCAGACCGCCCUCACUGAGAUCACCACUAACAUCUCAGCUCCCACAUUUGAUUAUGGAGACAUGCCGUCACCCCUGAGUGAGACAGAGAGCACCAUCACUGUCCUGCUGCGCCCUGCUCAAGGCAGAGGAGCACCUGUCAGUACAUACCAGGUGGUGGUUGAAGAGGAGAUGGUAAAGAAAGUGAAACGGGAGCUGGGGCUCCAGGAGUGUUUCCCACUGCCCAUGUCCCACGGUGAGGCACAGGCUCGGGGCACGCCACACUACUACACAGCUGAGCUGCCACCCAGCAGUCUCCCGGAGGCCAGUCCCUUCACUGUGGGUGACAAUCACACUUACAACGGCUACUGGAACAGCCCUUUGGACCCACGCAAAAGCUACCUUGUCUACUUCCAGGCUAUGAGCAACUUCAGAGGGGAAUCCAGAAUAAACUGCAUCCGCAUUGCUCGCAAAGCGGCCUGCAAGGAUCACCGCAAGGCUCUGGAAGUGUCCCAACACUCUGAGGAGAUGGGUUUGAUUCUUGGGGUGUGUGCUGGAGGUCUUGUGGUCCUCAUCCUUCUGCUGGGUGCCGUCAUCAUCAUCAUUAAGAAAGGAAGGGACUACUACUCUUACUAUCCGAAACCAGUUAACAUGAAUAAGACACCCAUUACCUACCGGCAAGAGAAGAGUCAUAUGGGCUCCAUGGAGCGCAGUUUCACAGACCAGAGCACCCUACAGGAGGAUGAAAGAAUGGCCCUUUCCUUCAUGGAUGCACACACCUGCGGCACACGCAGUGACGCUCGUAGUUCAGUGAACGAGGCCAGCAGCCUGCUGGGAGGCUCCCCGAGGCACCAGUGUGGACGUAAAGGCUCCCCGUACCACACAGGGCAGCUCCACCCGGCCGUCCGAGUGGCUGACCUUCUCCAGCACAUCAACCAGAUGAAGACUGCCGAGGGCUACGGCUUUAAACAGGAGUAUGAGAGCUUCUUUGAUGGCUGGGACUGCACAAAGAAGAAGGACAAAACCAAAGGGAGGCAUGACACCUUGUUGGGAUACGACCGCCACAGAGUCAAGCUCCACCCUCUCCUGGGAGACCCCAACUCAGACUACAUUAACGCUAACUACAUUGACAUUCGGAUUAACAGGGAAGGCUACCAUCGAUCCAACCACUUCAUCGCCACUCAGGGACCUAAGCAGGAGACUCUGUAUGAUUUUUGGAGGAUGGUGUGGCAAGAAAAUUGUUUCAGCAUCGUCAUGAUCACUAAGCUGGUGGAGGUUGGCAGGGUGAAAUGCUGUAAAUACUGGCCCGAUGACAGCGAGAUGUAUGGUGACAUCAAAAUCACUCUGCUUAAAACAGAGACACUGGCUGAAUACACAGUCCGCACCUUUGCCUUGGAGAGGAGAGGAUACUCAACUAAGCACGAGGUGCGUCAGUUCCACUUCACAUCCUGGCCUGAGCAUGGGGUGCCCUAUCACGCCACUGGACUGUUGGCCUUUAUACGAAGAGUGAAAGCCUCAACACCUCCUGAUGCUGGCCCUGUGGUGGUCCACUGCAGUGUGGGGGCGGGCCGCACCGGCUGCUACAUCGUGCUGGAUGUCAUGUUGGACAUGGCCGAGUGUGAGGGCGUGGUAGAUAUCUACAACUGUGUCAAAACCCUCUGCUCUCGACGCAUCAACAUGAUCCAGACGGAGGAGCAGUAUAUCUUUAUCCAUGAUGCCAUCUUGGAGGCCUGUCUGUGCGGAGAGACGGCCAUCUUGGUGAACGAGUUUGCAGUCACUUACAAAGAGAUGCUGCGAGUUGAUUCCCAGAGUAAUUCGUCACAGCUACGGGAGGAGUUUCAGACGCUCAACUCUGUGACUCCCCACUUGGAUGUGGAAGAGUGCAGUAUUGCUCUGUUGCCCAGAAACCGAGAGAAGAACCGCAGCAUGGAUGUUCUGCCACCUGAUCGCGCCCUUGCCUUCCUGGUUACGACAGAAGGGGAAAGCAACAAUUACAUCAACGCUGCUCUGGCCGACAGCUUCCAUCGGCAGGCUGCUUUUAUUGUGACCCCUCACCCUCUGCCGGGCACCACGGCUGACUUUUGGAGGCUGGUCUUUGACUAUGGCUGCACAGCUGUGGUCAUGCUCAACCAACUCAACCAGUCAAACUCCGCUUGGCCAUGUGUUCAGUACUGGCCGGAGCCUGGUUUACAGCAGUACGGGCCCAUGGAAGUGGAGUUUCUGUCCAUGUCAGCAGACGAGGAUGUCAUUACUCGUCUGUUCCGGGUCAAGAAUGUCACAAGGCUCCAAGAGGGCCAGCUGGUGGUGUGUCAGUUCCAGUUCCUGCGCUGGUCGGCGUAUCGAGAUGUUCCCGACUCCAAAAAGGCUUUCCUUAACCUGCUGGCUCAAGUGCACAAGUGGCAGAGGGAGUGUGGAGAAGGACGCACUGUUGUCCACUGCCUUAACGGUGGCGGUCGCAGUGGGACCUUCUGUGCCUGCAACAUUCUGCUUGAGAUGAUCCAGUACCAGAACAUGGUAGACAUCUUUUAUGCUGUCAAAACUCUACGCAACUGCAAACCCAACAUGGUGGAGUCCCUGGACCAGUAUCGAUUUUGCUAUGACCUUGUCCUGGAGUAUUUGGACUGCUUUGAAGGUAGAUAGCAACCAAAUGUUUACCACAGCUGCAGUAUCCCAUCUGCUGGAGAUUCGAUUUAAGGCCGCCUAGUGACCCCUCUAUUUUAAUGUUUGGACCUACGGACUUGGCAGUGAAAAGACUGCAAAGGAAGAAGAGGAGAAUAAAAAAAAAAACAUGGUCAAGGUUCUAACUUUUAACCUUUAAUGUACAGUUGUGACUUCCUCCUUGUUGGUGAUGUUUAUCUCUUUUGAUAUUUUUUUUUUGUGCUUUUCUCAAUCCUCUUUGCCUCCGGACUAAAGCUCUUUUGUGCUAAGGGUUUCUGUAGCAGUAAAACAAUAUUCUGAGCUACAAAACGGAUCUGUCUGUUCUGAAGAAGAGUCACCUUGGCUAUGUUUCAUUGUUUUAUUCAAACAGCAAGGGGUCUGGAUGAAUUUCCAGAGUUACAGCAGAAUUAACGUGGAAGCAUUUUCGUCUCUCUCAAGAGCUACAUACAACAGCAGUCCACUGUGGUGGUGGCAUGACUUAUCUACCAUACCAUAAACUGCCUUAUUCUCUGAUGAUUGGACAGAUUUAUUCAAAGCAGUGAAUGAAUCUGGAAGGUACUGGUGUAUAAACGGCGACAAGAGAUUUUAUUAAAAGACCCGCAGCAUUAGGAUAGAGCAGCCCAGUCCUCAGCAGUAUUGAUGCAGAAACUGUACAGUUGUGCAACGUGUUGUAUUUUGCCAUAAUGUUUGUGCUGGAUUACCAUGUGUGCUAUAGGUGGACAUUUCCAGGGACCACAGCUCUGGGCCUGGUGCCACCACUGGAGAUUCCUGUCUCAUUACUGUCACAGUGCCAAUCCCGUUGACUGACUUGAACCCUCUCUUUACUUUGCUCUACUGCUUCAUCUUGAUAUAUGCCUACAAACAUACAGUAUGUACUGCGUCAGCUAAUGUUCUCACUCCAAAGUGAUUGUUUGUAUUUUAUACCUAGUGGGGAAGAAAAAAGGAGCAGGGGACGCUUUCAGAAAUGUAUUGACAUGCCAUAGUGUUGGUGUGAAAAUAAUGUUCCAUUUAUGCUGAUGUGAAGUGUCCAAAGCAGUGCUGCAUUACAGGUUUGAGUCUGUAAGUCCUUUUACUCCUUUAUUGUCUGAGGCGUUUGGUUGUACUAUAAACUGUUGCAGCAAGCUAAACCAGUUUAUCACAGCCCUACCAGGUGGGAGGUUCAUUUUGACAAUUUUACAUGAAUAUUAGUUGUUGUUCCUAGUGGUGUAAAAUAAAUAAAGUAAAUAUAUAUAAAUAUAAAGGGGCAUUAACAUUGUGCAGAGAGGGAAAAAGAAAUAAUACUUUGCAUCACCACUGGUGAUUGGUGUCUUCACAAUUUUUAGCAUCUUAAAGGGGAUCUAUUUUGCUCACUUUUAGGUUCAUAUAUGUAUCAUGUUUAUAUGCUUUAAUGUUUAAGAAAUCCCUUAAUCUUCCUCCUACUGUCUGGGCUGGACUUUUGAAAUAUUAUCAGACCCAAAGGAUCAAAUCUCAAUAGUGAAACGAGUCAUUUCGUGGGGACUGUGAUGCUCAUAAAUGUAUCUACUGAUUUACAAAUGUCUUUUCCAAAUGUAACUCUGUGGGGAAAAGUCUUUUGGGCCCUAUGGCAUCCAAUGACAGACCUGGAAGUUGUAAUUCUACAUUUGGCUACUACGUAAAAUUGGCUUCAGAGCCUGGUGUUCAUGGUGGCUUGGUUCCAGCAGGAAUAUAAUUCAAAAUCUGGAAGAAAUUAACAACAAUGACAACCAAGAUUGCAUGUUUCCCUGACGUCAGCAUGUAGCUACAUGUAGGCUUUGUAAUGUAAAGACUCACAGUUAUGUGCCGUAGAGCAGAUGAUCGCAUAAAGAAAUAUAUCACAAGCUGACGUCAGCUCGUCUCGAAAGUAGAAAUCCUAGAAAAGUAUUGAGAACUGUUUGAAGCCUAAAGGGUUUUUUUGUACUUAAAUUACUUUCACAUACAUUUACCUCAUGUUUUGAAACUUAAGCCACAUUUAAUUUAACAUUUGAUAUUGUAAAAAAAAAUAAAGAAAAGCACAAUAGGUCCCCUUAUGGUGAGGAGGAAUAAUUAAAAACAGUUGCCCACAGACCCUGCUGUUUAGCCAUCACUGACCUGAUGGAAAGACAAAAUCCAGUUUUUUAACCUACCAGCCAAUGCCUGGAGACCCCUGAAACUGUUAAUGCCUGAGUCACUGGGAAAAAAAAAAAAACAGGCAGGCUGGCAUGCGUGAUACACAUAAUGAUCCAAGUCAGCCUCUAAAAAAGAGCCAGGAAGCAAAUCUCUUUGUAUUUUUUAACAUUUUGCUCCAGAAGCAAGAAAAUAGCUUUUCUGCGCUCCAUUAUUGCCCUUUAAAAUAUGUUAUGCUCCACCAUAUCUCCUGCAACUCCUUUUUAAGUGCAGGUUUUCAAGGAGGGCGGUAAAGGUUUAACUCCAGGAUCUGCCCUAAUAAACAAGGAGAGGCACCUUGAAGCCCACAGAUACGGAGAAAUGGCAGCUAGGCGAACUCUGCUGCUGUAGUUCGCAGCUCACAGUCUGGUUCAGGUGGGAGCACCAGAAUAUGUGAGGAAUCAAACAAAACACCAACAUCACCCGGUUCCCACAGGUUCACUGAUAGAGCAGCUUGUUUUUUUUAAGGAUGAAGAGUGAGGUAGCUACAGUGUAGUCAGCGAUCUGACCAAGGAUCACUGGAGGAAGUGCCUGGACACUUUUUCUCGAGGGUACAAGGAAUGUGUACAUACAGAUGUAUAUUAUGUUAUGUGAAUACUAUGUGAAUAAUAUACUAUAUGUUUGCCGAGAGUAAAGACGUACAGUAAGUAACCACUACAUAACCACGAAGGUGAAUGUUCUGUAAAUGACCAUUUUGUGAGUUUAUUGCCAGAACUUUUAACAGACGAGUAUGAACUGAGUCUCCCUGAGUGUACGUUUCAGAGUAAAAAAGGUCUGUCAAAGCAUGAAUGACUUCAUUUUCUGCUUUGUAUUUCAUUCAGUUCAUUUCAGAAUAUCGUGAUCCGCAUCGUUUAUUUCAACCGCUGUUUUCCAGCAGCCACGACUGUGUGAGUGCAUUGUACUUUUACCAUUCCAAAGCUUUUUAUUAUGAACUGCUCUCUGAGUGGCAGUGACUGCCCUGAGAGCACUGUUGAUUUCACUUGUGUUUCCUGUAUGAACUGAUGGUACUUGACAUGACCGUUGUAU